GGAGCUCGCUGUGUUUUGUUCAAUUGCCAUUGAGGAGCGUUGUUCACAUAUGCUGAGGGAGGCGGCCCGGGCUGGCCUUGGAGGGCAGUUUACAGAAAAGCAGACAUGAUACGCUGAAGGCCUUUGGAUAUAAACUCUGGCAGUAAGAUGGAAGCAUAAAUCUUGAGAUUUAGAACAGAACCAGAAAUGGCUCACGAAUAGUGAAACAGGAUACAGAGGAGCCUCCAACGCUUCCCAGUGUGAGCAGUGGCAAAGGGACAACUACCAUGGUAACACUAAUAACAGAAAAGCUGCAGAACCAGAGCUUGGAUGAUCUGACCUGUAAAACGUACAAUAUUCACCUGUACUCAUCUGAGAAGCUGAACAAAAGUGGCAGCUUGUUCCCUUUCGAAAUCAAUGAAGAGAGCCCUUGGAAAGCUUUAAAUGGGGGUUGUCCAAUCCAAGCUGACGCGACCAAAAAUUCAUCUUACCCUUUCCCAGUGUGCCCAUUCAUUAGAGGCACAGCUAACAACGUGAGUCUGCAAUGGCAGCAGGAAUCUUCCAGCACAUCUAUGGUGUCAGGAUGGAUAAGUGAACUAAAUCUUAAUGAAAACUCGGGGCAGCCAUUGGCGCCACCUACCAAACGCCACUGUAGGUCCCUCUCUGAGCCAGAUGAAUUGGCUCGUUGUCGGUCACCAUGGAAACCCAGCAGUUCAAAAGUCUGGACUCCGGUGUCAAAGAGACGAUGCAACAGCGGUGGCAGUGCCACCUUGCAGCGCUGCAACAGUCAUGGGAGUGCAAACUUACAGAGAAGCACAAGUAUCAGCUUGCCACAAAAUGUUCUGUCCUUAAAUAACGUCUUCACUAUCACCAGCUUCAAUACUUCUCCAGUGCCCCGACCUUCCUCUGCGAGCAGCGGCUUUGUGGACAGUAGUGAGGGAAGCACAAGUUCAAGUAUCCGUUGGAAUUCUGGAGGACCUUGUGACUUUAACCCUCGGCGUCGCCUCUCCCUCUCACAGGAGCACAUCACCGAGACAGGAAACCUCUUGCCUUCAGCCAACAGCACUCCCACCUCCACACCAGAGCUCAGCCGGCGUCAGGGCUUGCUGAGAUGCCGCUCACAGCCUUGUGUCCUGAAUGAAAAGAAAAGCCGGCUAAAGCGCAGACGAGAGGAGGAUGUACGGUGGAAUCGUCCAUCUUUAGACUUUUUUAAAAUGACACGGACUCUGACAACCUCCUGUUUUAAGCAGACAAGUCUUAACAGGGCACCACAUAUAAUUUGGAAGAAUGAGUUAGAACUUGUCUACAUGGAGAAGUUUUUCCAUAAAAAGACUUUAAAAAAUUCGAAAAGUCUUUGCUCCCUUGAUUAUGAAGAAGAUGAUGACGAUGACGACACACAAAUGAAGACAAUUGUGUCAUCCCCAUGUGAUUCACAUGACUUUAUGAACAUCACCACCCCUGGUUCCAGUCCAGUGAAAGAGCAACUGGAUGAAAUAAGGCAUCAUGGCCCAUGCCAAGUUGCCUUCAGUGUAAGGGAUUAUAAGAAGGCAGCUGCAGUGUGUGAAAGUGAUGAGGACACAAGUGAUUGUGACAGCACUGAAGAGGGUAUCUUUCCGCUAGACUGCGGGGACUUGGAUCUAGAGCAGAUUGAAAACAACUGAGGCUCAAAGUUGUGUACUAGAAUCAGUUCUAAAUUAAAAUGAUUAGUGGAUUACCUUUGCAAUGCAUAAUCCAUGUCCCUGAAUCUCUGUAUUGCCUAUCUUGGGCCUGUGUUAGAAGAAAUGUUUCAGGUGGGGGAAAAAAAGAACCAUUGUUACCUGUUUAUAGUCUAUUGAUCAGUAUAUGAACAACAGCAAAAGACAACUGGAGGUUAAAUGUUAUUUUGAACAUUUAAGAAGUAACUUUGAUUACAAAUUUCCUAACAGAUAUUUUGCAUUUUUAUGGCUUUUACAGUUCUGGAGAAAGCAUCUCUAUUUUGAAAUGAAUUUUCAGAAGGGCAUUCUAUAAAACAAAAUCUGUCUACAGUGAUUCUGGUGCGGGUCUAUGUUCCAUUUGUUAAAGAGCUUAAUGUGAAAAGUGAGUUGCAUAAUUAAAUUGGUAAUAAACCAUUGGAUAUCUGGAGAUCUGAAUACUUAAGUGUCUGGUUGACAACUGGUCCAAAAUACUUAACUGUCUCCUUAUACAGUGAGUGGUUAUAAAACUUCAUUACAUGUACAAAUGGUUUUUCAUACAUACAAGACUUUUUGAUCAAAAUAUAGUAGUGACCUUAAAGGUUAACACUUUCCAUGAUUUUACUACUUGAAUUGUUUUCCAGCCAGAAGCAAUGCUAAUUUAGGUGGGAUGAAACUGCAAGUAGCUGCCCACCUUCUUGGUCAUUAUUAUGUUUUCUGUGGUUCAAAAGAAUGUACAAGAGCACUUGAACUUUUAAACAGGGACUUUGUAAUGAUCAAUUCCCCAGGAGGUGAUCCCUUCAGCAAUACUAGAAGGAAACUAGUCCUUGAAUUAAAUAAAAUGACAUUUUGCUUUGCA